AUGGCAACUCCCGAGUUCGUAGCCAAGAAGUCCCGCGUGCGCAGCGACUACGGCUAUCACCAAGUCCACCAAACAAGAUGGUUCGACAAUGACAUGUACGCUCACCUCAACAACACCGUCUACACAGCCCUCUUCGACACCAUCGCCAAUUCUUACCUCAUCGAGGCUUGCGGCAUGGAUCCCUUUAGCGUGAACAAUCCCACUCCAAAAAGCCAAAGUGGCCAGCCAUCCAACCUGUCCGUCGGGGCGGAGCAAAUUGGCCUGAUUGUUUCCACGCACGCGGACUUUUUCGCUUCGGUUGCGUUUCCCGAUAUUCUCGAGGUCGGGUUGCGGGUUGCCAAGUUAGGGUCGUCGAGCGUGACGUGGGAGAUUGGCGUGUUUCGGAAGGGAGAGGAGGAUGUGAAGAUGGUGGGGACUUAUAUCCACGUCUUUGUUUUGCGGGAGACGAUGCGAGUGGGGAAAGGCGGGAUGGAGGAUAAGGUGCGCAAUGGACUGGAGAAGUUGCUUAGUAGACCUGAUUCGAAGCUGUGA